AUGCCGAUACCACCAUCACUCCGUACGCUUUUAAGAACAGUUCCGACACUAGCGCCUGUAUCUAAUCGCGCAGUCCUCUCUGUUUCUGGCUCACAAGCAACCGAGUUCCUCAACGGCUUACUAGCAUGCAGUGUGCAGGGCAAGCAGACAUAUGGGGUGUUCUUACACGCUCAGGGGCGCGUCUUGUAUGAUGCUUUCCUGUACAACUCUCCGACGCCUUCUCUUUCAUCUCCUGGACCGACAUAUCUCAUAGAAUAUGACCCUACUCCGUCUGAGGCCCCUACCCUCAUGAGCUUGCUCAAGCGCUACGUCCUUCGCUCAAAGGUACGCAUACGGGACGUGUCGGAGGAAUGGGAUGUUUGGGCUGCGUGGGGGUCAGAAGGUGCAAAAGAAACUAGGGAGUGGAACUGGGCUCGAAGCGGCGCUGUCGAGCCAGUUUGGCGGACGAGCGAAUGGCCAUGGGGAAUUGAGAAUGGUACCAUACUUGACCAACGUGCUCCGGGGAUGGGGAAGCGGAUGCUUGUUCGCAAGAAUGAUACGCCUGCCGAAGCGUCUACACAUGACUUGGCUGGUAAGGAUGCAUAUUUGCUGCAUCGGAUUAUGCACGGAGUUCCCGAGGGGAGCGUGGACAUGCAGCCCAUGCAUGCAUUUCCCAUUGAAUCGAAUUUAGACGUGAUGGGUGGACUGGACUUUCGGAAGGGAUGCUAUGUCGGUCAAGAGUUGACAGUGCGCACAUAUCACACGGGCGCAGUUCGGAAACGUAUACUCCCAGUUCACAUUUCGUCUCCUGCGUCAUUGACACCAUACAUGUCGAUUAAACCGUCCCUUUCAUCAACUACAGAAAGCGCCGCGGUAAAAACACCCCGCCUACGCGGAUCAUCCACACUCCUGUCCACGAUAGCUGCUCCGGGUAUAGGAUCAAGCGUCGGUUUGGCGUUGGUACGACUAGAACAUUUGCGUCCUGGUAUAGCAUUGGUUACUGAGGAAAAGGAGGGACAUUCGUGGAAGGUGGAGCCUUGGUGGGCGGAUUGGUGGCCCGAGCAGCCUCCCGACGAAGCACACACAGCCUAA